UUAAUACAUUCAUCACUCCAUUCAGAAUCUAAAAAAUAUGGUAUAAAUAAAUAGUAAUUAAUAAAACAUUAAAUAUUACAAAAAAAGGAAUAGGAUACGCACAGUUAACGGAGCUUUCUGCUUCAGUUGAAGUACCUACUAUGUGUAAUACGACGUACAUAAAAAUGCAAAAUUGUAUUAAUUUGGUUGUACAAAAAACUGCAUGGAGUGAAAUGCAAAAGGCUGGAGACGAAGAACGACAGAUGGCAUUAGAAAAUGGUGAGGUUGACGUGGACGGUAUACCUAUGUGUACAGUUAUCGCUGAUGGCCAAUGGUCGAAACGUAGCUAUAAGUCGAAGUACAAUGCUCUAUCAGGAACGGUAUGAAAGUAUAAUUGUUUAAAUUAAGUUGCAAAUUAUUAUAGUAUUCAAUUUUUAAUUGUAUUAAAACAAUAUUAUGUAGGCCACUAUUAUUGGAAAAAGAACCAGGAAAGUUUUAUUUGUAGGAAUAAGAAAUAGGUACUGUGUUGUUUGUCAAAGAGCAUCGAAUCGAAAUGAGAAAUCAUCUGAACACGAAUGUUUUUUAAAUUGGAAUAAGGCCUCCACUGCAAUGGAAGCAGAUGGAGUGGUUGAAGGUUUUUCACGCAGCAUUGAAAUGCAUAGUCUCAAAUAUAAUAAAUUAAUAGGUAGGUACAUAGAUAAUAAGGGUACUUCCCCCCAUUCUUCCACAAUUGUUUUUGUUUUUUUCCGAUUAUUUUGUAAAAUGUUGGUAAUUUUAAAAAAUGACCUCUUUAAAGUACAAACAAUAGAUUCACUUUUCUAAAAGGAAAUGUGCUAAAGUCGAGAAUUAAUGUAUUAUUUCUGCUCCAAAAACUGUAAUUAGAUACAAAAAAAAACAUUAUUUUUUAUAUUUUUCGCUGUUAUAGGAGACGGAGAUAGCAGUGUGUUAAAAAAAUUAAAUGAAAUAUUGCCAUAUGGACCAGAUUUUUUUAUAGAAAAAAUAGAAUGUCGAAACCAUUUGCUAAGGAAUUUUGGUCAAAAAAUGACAGCUUUAGCAAAUAAAAGUGAAUUUCCUAUUAAUUUGAGAAAAUUUAUUUUAUCUCAAAUUCAAAGAUUUCGUUCUGACGUUACCAAGGCGGUACAAUUUAGAAAAAACCAAGAGAUACCUAAGGCUCAACAAAUUACAGAUUUAUUAUAGGCUAAUUAUUUAUAGUUAUUAUUUAUUAAGACCAUUUUUGUGUAUUUUAUUUUCUGAGUGGAGAUUGUAUUUCACCUAUAUGUAUAUUAUGUCUACAAAAUAAUUCAAACUCAAACCCUCGUAGAAAAUUAAUGUAGCUUUAUGGUAGACUUUUUUUAAAAUUAAUGUGGUGGAAAAUUAUGAGGAGCCUUGUAUUAAAUUGUUAAGUUUAGGUAUAACAAUUUUAUCGUACAUAAUAUUAUAUACUCGUAAAUCGAAUAAAAUCUAUUACUAACACUAAAUUUGUUCUGUUAAUUUUUAGAACUCAGAUCGGAUAUUGCUAAUAGUAUUUAUCAUAGAUUAGGCCAACACACGAAUUGUGCAACUUACUUUUGUCCUGGAGAAAAAGAAGGUGAAAUAAAUUUAGUACCGCAGGCUGAAGAGUGUGGUUUAUUACGAGAAAUGAAUCAAAUACUGUUUUGACUUACUAGCAACGCAUCUAGCCUUUUAUCGGAUGUCGAUAAUAACGCUUGUGAAAUUUUUAAUAGUGUUAUUAAUAAGUACAUAACUGGAAAAAGAAUAAAUUUUUCACAAAAAAAUUCUUACAGCACUAGAGUUGAAACUGCUGUAAUUGCAUUUAAUUCAAAACAGUAUCUUAGGCAGGUUCAUAAGACUAUGCAAAAUACAAGCCCAGGAAAAUUUGGCAAAAAAUAUUUAAAAAAUAUAGAACGUAUAAGAGCCAAUUGUUUAAAAAGACGACAGUUGUUUUCUAACAAUGCUAGCUCAAAAUUCAAAAGCCGAUCUCAAUGUACAGCAGCGGAUCAAAAUUAUGGGUUAGCUGAACCAUUAAUCGAUACAAUGACCAAAGAGGAUUAUGACAAAAAAAAAUUAUUAUUUUUACAAAAACUAAAUGAGGCUGAUAGAACUGAGAUCGAAAUUUGUACAAGAGAUCAAAGUAAUAAUUCUCUUUGGUAUAAAGAAAGAAGACUUCGAAUCACAGCGUCAAAUUUUGGCACGAUAUGCAAAAUGCGACCUUACACUAGUUGUAAGAAAAAAAUCCAUAGCUUGCUAUACGCACCAAAUCCCAAAACAAAACAACUAACCUAUGGUAAUGUUAUGGAAUCGAAAGGUCGGAAAAAGUUUGAAGAAAUGUAUAACGUAAACGUCCAAACAUGUGGUCUUAUAAUUGAUUCUGAUCUACCAUAUUUGGCAGCAAGUCCAGAUGGUCUAGUUGGAGAAAAUGCCAUAAUAGAAAUUAAGUGUCCUUACAAUGCUCGUAAUUCAGAAAGUCUAAUCGAAGCUUUCAACAAUAAACUUGUAAGUGAUAGGUAAUAUGAUUAAUUUUAUUCCCAAUAAUUUUUAUCAUCGUAAAAAUACAAUCACUACAAAAAUCGUACAUUCAUUUUGCUACCCGAAACAACCCUCCCUGAUUUGUAAGAUUGAAGCACUAUUACUGCUCCAAAUGUUGUCCCCAGACACAAAAAUAAAAAAUUAAAGAACCACACAUCAUUGUAAAAUCAAUACAUUCAUCACUCCGUUCAGAAUCUAAAACUGUUGGUACUGAAAUACAUAUAUAGGUAAUUAUGUACUACAGAUAACAGUUGAAAUUGUGUUUAUAACACAUGUUACAGCUACCAAAUUGGAUAAUGAAAGAUUCUUCGAUCAUAGUAAAAUGAAAUAGUAAUUAUUAUUUUCAAGUUAUUGGACAACUGCAUAUUACUAAACGUGAACUCUGCUAUUUGGUAGUAUACACUGAAAAGUGGACCACAGUAGAAAAAAUUUAUUAUGAUCAUACAUUUUGGAUACAAAAUAUGUCUAAAAAAUUAAUGUCGUAAGUAGUUUAAAGUACCAAUAUCAGUCCUACUAAUUUAACUGAAUAUGACAUGAAUUUGUAUUUUAGGUUUUAUUUAAAUUGUCUCUUGCCUGAACUCGUCGAUCCCUUAUAUGGCAAAAGAUUGUUAAUAAGU